AAUCGACGGACCCGGCUUGGGUGACGCUGUUCCGGCCAGCUCAGCGUCGUCACGUCAGCCGUCCCGGUGGUCCUGGUUCUGGUGCUCCCUUUUCCAGGCAGGCUGUCAAAAGCGACCCGAUAAGGAGAAGAAAAGAUGGUGCUUCUGACGAUGAUUGCCCGGCUGGCCGACGGCCUGCCGCUGGCCGCCUCCAUGCAAGAGGACGAGCAGUUGGGCCGGGACCUUCAACAAUACCAGAGCCAAGCCAAGCAGCUCUUCCGCAAACUCAACGAGCAGAGCCCCACGCGUUGCACCUUGGAGGCGGGCUCCAUGUCCUUCCACUACGUUCUGGAGAAAGGCGUGUGCUACCUGGUCCUGUGCGAAGCCAGUUUCCCCAAAAAGCUGGCCUUCGCCUUCCUGGAAGAUCUUCAGGCAGAGUUCCACGAGCAGCACGGCAAGAAGGUGCCCACCGUGUCCCGGCCGUACUCCUUCAUCGAGUUCGACACGUACAUCCAAAAGACCAAGAAAGCCUACAUUGACAGCCGGGCCCGGAGGAACCUAGGAAGCAUCAACACGGAGCUCCAGGACGUACAGAGAAUCAUGGUGGCAAAUAUCGAGGAAGUUCUACAGCGGGGAGAAGCUCUCUCUGCGCUCGACUCCAAAGCUAGCAAUUUGUCCAGCCUGUCCAAAAAGUACCGCAGCGACGCCAAGUACCUGAACACACGCUCCACGUAUGCCAAGCUAGCAGCCGGCGGCGUCUUCUUCAUCAUGCUCAUCGUUUACGUGCGCUUCUGGUGGCUCUGAGAAGGCAGGAUAACACAGCUUAGCUUAUUAGCCGACACUGGCGGCGGUAAAUAUCCAAUCUAUUUGAACUGGGAGGGUUGGCGAAUGAACCGAUCAUGUGGCGGUUUUCAUGCUUAUGUCAUGAGUUGAAAUGAGUUUAUCACUCGUAGACGUCCAAUCCAUUUGAAGCGGGAGGAAUGGCAGCAAGUAAUUCAGUGCCAUACCUUACGCUUCAAAUGGAUUGGACAUCUCUGGCCGUCAAUCAGUUAAUUUCAGGUCCUUUCCUGUUAACCUGCCAUGAUAGCAAUUAGCAGUACUUUACAGUAAAGUGAGUAUGCAGUAAUUUGCAUUGAAAGAAAAUUUUUAGAAAUACAUUGUUUCCCAAAAACGUGGCGUCGUAUUUGCAAAACAGCUGCGUGAAUCAGGAGCCCAAAAAUGGUAUCGGUACAACACUUAAGUCUUCAAUUUCUGCAGAAAUAUUAAUGGUAGCUUUGCUGUAAAAGGUUGUUACAUCAGGCAACUUCGUGUCGAUUUUGGGCCAUUUUGAGAUCACUUCCUAUUGGGUUUUAGAUACCAGGUCGGGUUUUUGUGCCAUUAAGAUGAAUAGGAAAUUUCAGCUAUUGGAAAUGAAUGUGAAAGAUUUUGGCGGAUCUUUUAUUGGCAAAAACGAUACAAUAUUGCACCUCUUAGCUUCCUGGAUUUUUUAAAUAAGUAAAUUAUGUGGAUUAGGACAAGUAGCAUUUUGGAAUUUCAUAUUUUCCAAAAACCAGCAAUUUUGUUUUUUGUUGUAUUUCGUGGUCACUUAUUGUUGGUUUUGGUGCAUAUCGGAGUCAUUUCUUGUUCAUAUCGGGUCACUUCCUGUUAGUUUACCGGGUCAAAUGAAUGGGAAAUUUUGGCCACUGGAAAUUAAUGGAAAAGAUUUUGGCGGAAUGGUUUUUGGCACAAAACUGCAUCCAAAUUUUGCGACCCCUGAGCUUCCUGGAUUUCUUAAAAUGUGUGAAUUAUUUGAUUUGGAGUAAAGCUGUAGGACGAGAAGCAUUUUGAUUUUGAAAUGCCAAGCCAACAACUUUGUUGAUUUUUGGAGCAUUUCGGGGUCACUUGUUGAUAUUGGGUCAUUUUGACAUCACUUCCUGUUAUGUUUUGAUACCGGGUUGGAUUUUUGUGCCAUUGAAAUGAAUGGGGAAAUUUUGGCCAUUUGAAAUUAAUGGAAAAGAUUUUGGUGGAAUGGUUUUUGGCAAAAAACUAUGUACAAAUUUUGCUCCCCUUAGCUUCCUGGAUUUUUAAAAAUGUGUUAAUUAUUUGAUUUGGUGAAAAGCUGUAGGACGAGAAGAAUUUUGAAAUCCCCCCCCCCCCCC